AUGUUAUGUUCCGGUAAUUCCACGACACUCCCGACAAUAACAGAUUUAAACUCACAACCUUACGAUGCUUUCAUUUGUUCUAUAAAUCUCUUAUUCGAACCUGCACCAUCACUUGCAACUAUAUUAUACUCCUGUCGUCCUUUUACUUCUUACAAACAUUUAAUUUCAACUGCUACUCAAAUAAUUUUUGGUGGCAUCGAAAAACGCGAUAUCGAUCAUUCCGAAGAUACUAAUUCCCAGCAAUUAACACUCUCCCAAAAACUUGAGGUUAUAAAUGCACACCCGCGUUUAGGCGAAAACAAACAAAAUCUUUCAACACUAUCAUUAAAAGAACAGGGCUAUCUUAAAGAUGACAUUAAUGGUAAUAAUAAUUCACCUGUUACACCUCCAUUAGCCGAUGAAGAUGAAAUAGUAAACUCGAAACUUCAAUCACUGAAUCAACAAUAUGAACAAAAAUUUGGAUUUCGUUUCGUGAUAUUUGUUAAUGGUAGGUCUAGAAAAGAGAUUAUACCCAUAUUGGAAGACAAAUUGCAAAAUGGGAAUCGAGAAGACGAAUUGAAUAGAGGAUUGUUAGAUAUGAUGAAUAUUGCUUCAGAUAGGUUGACGAAGCUAAAUGGCAGUUGA